GGGGGACGUGAGCUACGGUAGUAGUAGGACGGCUCCUAGACGGCUCAGGAGCGCUUGCGUACAUUAGCAAGCAGCACGAGUGAGUCGUCAUGGCGUGAAACCAGAGAGCAUCACACGAUCAUUAUAUUUCUUUCUCUAAGGGUCUUGGUCUGAUCAGCGGGGCGGGAAAACCGCCUGAUGAUGCGUAAAGUUUCCUGAGUGACUUGCGCGCGCCACCAUCAACUCAAAGACAAGGGCCUCUCGCUCAAUUCCUCAUAGGUGCCACUUCGAAGCGAAGAUUCUGCAUCAGAUGGCGGACCCGAUGGACGACGAUGACGACUACAACUGGGACCUGUGCAUCGCAGAGAUCGACAAGGUGGAGCGCGCGGCAGUCGAAUGGAAGACAGCGCAGCAGCAGAACGGGCCGCAAGCCUCCGCACCAAGGCCCAGCUUCCAAACCAAUGCAGGACAAUUGCCCCAGCAAGGCCAGACUUUUACGCCGCAGAGAGGAAACUUCCCCCAGCCUCAGCAAGCCCCUUCGCCGCACAACUCCCAGGCACCUUCACACCAAAACCCCCAGGCAUAUUCACACCAGCAGCGGCCGAUGUUGAUCCAGCCGGUGGCGCCGCCGCGGCCAUCAGUUCAGCAGGCCCCAGGGGCUCGGUGGCAGGUCCCGGGGACAGGGGUGGUUCAAAAUGCUGCGCCGCGACAGCCGCUGCAGCCAGUGCCAGCUCAGCAGAAUGGACCCCUUCCAAGGGCCUUUGUGCAAGCAAAGCCAAAUGCACCGGCGGCGGUCAGCACCGGACAGAGUUCAAAUUCAGUUCCGGCUGCAGGCACAGUGCAGCAGGAUCUGUGGCGCUUGCAAGAGGAGCUCAGGCAAAAUGAACAGGCCAUCAGAGACAAGGACGGCUGCAUCUCGCUCCUCAGGUCCCGUGUACAAACGGCCGAGAGCGAGACGUUUGAGCUGAGGAAGCGCGCAGCCGGCGUCUCGGGCAGCAGCCAGCAGACGUCUUCGCGGCAGACGACGGACAUGCAGCGGGAGAUCGAGAGGCUGCAAGCACAGCUCCUUUUCAAAGAUCAAGAAGUUCAAGAAGCCAAGCGCGCCAAGGCUGAGAAGGACGCCAAGAUGAAGGAAGCGCAAGAGGCGGCGCAGCGCCUCGAGGCGGAGCUCCGCGCCGCACAAUCUCAACAGCGCGCGAGCCCGGGUUCCGCGGCAAAGCGGCGGCGCGAAGUGGACACCGACUCUCCGACGAGGCCUCUCGCGCUUAACCAGCAGCUCAACCGGCUGACCAGCGAACCGGGGGCGCCGCCAGGGCGCUCCCCGAGGGCCCUGUUCAAGAGCCCGGCGCACGGGCGGGGGGGCGAGAGGCCCCAGCAAAACCAGAGCCAGGAGAGCGACAGGGCCGCUCGGACGCCCGUGGCUCCGUCAGCGGCGGCGGCGGCGGCGGCCGGGGUGACGUCAUCAUCAACAGCGGCCGCGUCACCGGCCGCGUCACCGGCCGCGGCGCCGACGGCACCGGAAGCCGUUGUGGACAGAGGGGCGGAAGCGCGUGUCCGGGGGGAUGGCGGAGCCGCGGCUGCGGAGGGGCCCGUGCCGAAGAGCAAAGAAACGGAGCCAAAGUCGCUAAGGAGCGUUGAGCGGUUGGAGACGGUUGGGGCGCGCCUUCGGGAGGCGGAGAGCGGUGCGUGUUUUGUACAGAAGCUAUUUGCUGUUGCGGCGGGGGACGUGUUCGGGUUGGUUUCCGGGGGGGAUGGGGCGGAGCGGAACGGGGUUGCAGCGGAUGGACGGAAAGCUGCGUCGAGCUUGAUGGGGGUUUUGGCGGAAUCGUCGGGCGAAGGGCAGGCGAUGGAUGUGGAUGUGGUCAGCGAGAGGGAGGCCUUUCGUGAUGCUUUUGUGAAGGUUAUGAACGGCCUUAAACCCGUCGCAACGCUCUUCUCUCCACUGAGAGCAGCGCUGGACUCCAAGAAGCCGACAAGCGUGUACGCUUCCCUACGAGUCUUGCGAGUUCUCUUGCGGCUGGACGCGACAACCCGAUUCACGGUUCUUGGGUCAGCAGCCGCGACUCCCCUGGGGGCAAACUGGGUUCCAAUUCAACCUAGCACUCCCACCACACAGGCAACGGCACAGAUAGGAUCAGAUUCUCAUGUACCACUUAGCAGCGUCAAUUCACAAGCCCGCUUGUCAAGUAGAGUAAAAAUAGGACCCGCAAGCAAGGCGCACGCUGCCGCUUCCUCUGCUGACGUCAGCGGCCGUCAGAGGAAUGGCAAAGGCAAAGCCACUGUGGAGUCCGAUCCAGGGCCGAGUGGAGUCACCGAGUUAGGGACACGUGUCGCAUCGAGGUUCGCCGCCAGUGGCAGCGGCCGCGAUGGCGCCCCGAUCGACUGCGCCUUCUUUGACCGGCUGAUCGAAUUGGCCGUCGAAGCCGAGGACCCCCGCGCGCAGUUUGAGGCCGCUUCGACGCUAGGUCUGCUCGUUGCGCACGUACCGGCGACGCAAUGGACGGAACUAGCGUUCCUUGUAACGGAACGGAAACUUGAGCCUCUCAUAGGACUGGAGUCGCCGCCCCCUGUGCGGGGGGUCGCCUUACACGUAGUGCACCUUCUCUGCGAGUCGCCGCCGUUGGUGAGUUUCGUAUUUUCGGACGAGGGCGGAAAACCUUCGGACGGCGGCGGAAAAGUUUCGGACGGUCCCGGGAAGGUUUCGGACGGUGGCGGCAAAGUUUCGGAUGGCACUCGGGCGUCCGAAGCGACCAGCAAGCGGCCGGAGACGGACCCGAGCACGAGCGGACCGGGCGAUUCCCCGGGCGGCGCGACGAGCCUCUUUUCGGCUGUGGCCGCAUGCCUGGGGCCGGAAACCAAGGACCCGGUUCUCAAACACGCCGCCGUGCAGCUCCUGGCAUUCGUCCACGGGUUGUCCGACAACUGUGCGGGGCUGCUAACUAGUUUGGGGAGAAACGAGUCUGACGUGCGGGAACCGACGCCGCAGCUGGGGCCCGGGGCGACGGACGCCGGGCCGGACGCGGAGGCCAGGCACGUGUCGGGUGACGUAGACAAAGCUGAGCCGCCGAUCGUGGCCCGGCUGUUGGACGUGCUCGACGAGGAGCUGCGCGGAGAAGCGGAGGGGGCGGACUGCAGUGGCGACGAGAGGGCGGCCCUUCGAGGGGAGGCAUGCUCUCUCUUGGCCUCCCUGGUACAACGCGACGAAGCGCUUUGCAGUAUCUUUGUCAGCUCUCGUAGGACACGGCUCGCCAUCAGUGUAGUCACGCGCAUGAUCAAGCUCGCCGAGACUGCCACAGAGAAAGCAUCUCGCAGUAUUGUGGAGGUAGCAAAGAGCGUGCAGAGAAGGAUCCUGGACAACAUGCCGCCACAGACAAACGAUGUCGUCAACGUCUAAGGCUCCAGUUGUUGUAUCUUAUGCCGGUUUGUCUCUGCUGGGGCUUUCUAUGAGAUUGGUGAUUGUUCUGCGAUA